CGAUAGCGAUGGAUGAGACUUAGUCAGCGCUCAGCACCUUGCUCUGCCAGUGGCGGUGGCACUUUGUUGGCCGACCAGCAGGCGCGCGCAGGGCUGGCUGGCCAGCGAUAAGAUUCUGACCAGACAGACAGCAGACGGCCGCUGCUUCAGCCAACCUCAUCAUCACCGCGUCGUCGCGCGUUGUUGCCCGCCAUCGCCGUCGCCGUCGCCGUCAUCAUGCCGCCCCAGAUCAAGCAGGACCUCAACCGCUCCGGCUGGGAGUCGACCGACUUCCCGUCCGUCUGCGAAAACUGCCUGCCCGACAACCCCUACGUCAAGAUGAUCAAGGAAGACUACGGCGCUGAAUGCAAGCUGUGCACGCGACCGUUCACCGUCUUCUCGUGGAACGCCGACCGCAACCAGGGCCGCAAGAAGCGCACCAACAUCUGCUUGACGUGCGCCCGCCUCAAGAACUGCUGUCAAAGCUGCAUGCUCGACCUGUCCUUUGGCCUGCCUAUUGCUGUGCGCGACGCGGCCCUCAAGAUGGUCGCGCCCGGGCCCCAGUCCGACAUCAACCGCGAGUACUUUGCCCAGAACAACGAGAAGCUCAUCGAGGAGGGCAAGGCCGGCGUCGAAGAGUACGAGAAGACGGACGACAAGGCCCGCGAGCUGCUACGCCGCCUGGCCGCCAGCAAGCCCUACUUCCGUAAGGGCCGCACUGUCGACGCGUCGGAGCUGGCGGCGGCCGAGGGCAGCACGGCUGGUGGCAACGUCGCGGUAGGCGCGGGCGUCGGGGGGCCAGGACCGAUCCGAACACGAGACACGCGCGCCGCUCACGCUGCCGGGGCCCGGCCGCGUGGCGGAAAGGGCCGCUUCCCCAGUGCAGCCCAGCUGCCCCCGAGCCCCAAGGACUGGCUGCCACCGGACGACAAGAACAUCAUGUCGCUGUUCGUCACGGGGGUCGAAGACGACCUGCCGGAGCACAAGCUGCGCGACUUCUUCAAGGUGCACGGCAAGAUCAAGAGCUUGGUGUGCUCGCACAUGUCGCACUGCGCCUUCGUCAACUACGAAACGAGAGAAGCGGCGGAGAGAGCGGCGGCCGCCUGCCAGGGCCGCGCCGUCAUCGCCGGAUGCCCGCUGCGGAUACGAUGGGGCCAGCCCAAGGCCAUUGGCACCAUGGACAGAGAGCAACGCGGCCAGAUGUUGCGGGACGCACGCAUCGCCAAGCCGCAGGGCCACCACCGUGCCAUCGAGGGCGGCACCUCACAGCCGGGGGCUGGCGGUCAGGCCCGGAUUGCGGCUCCGCCGACGGUGGCAGCGCCGCCGGGGGCCGACGAGACACCCAACUAUGCCAGCCUCUCGGGCGACUAGCCAAGCCGCCUCAACGGUCAUCAUCUCUAGCAUUCUCAGUGCACGGCGUUUGGGUUUGGACGUGAAUACGAGCGGAUAGAAGAGCAAAAGCGAUGGGUCAUGCAUCUCAUUUGGAAUGAGAGGGUAUCAUGUUGUCGGCGUAUAUUGUACAGGUAGUGGUACAGUUUAGUUCAGGCUUGGAAUCUCCACAAAGAGGCCUC